CGGAAUUCAAUUGCAAUUAGAAGCUGCGACUUUGGUGGGGUUAUUGGCUCAGGUCGCUUGAAUUGACCUCUUCUUCUUUGCAUAGAAUGCGCUGAUCCUUAUUCUAUUACAUAUCACUUGAAGCAUCCCCGGCAUCAUGCAUUCCUACGUGCGACCAAAUCAAUUCAUCGCCUUCAAGCUCCCCUCCGAGGCGACGAGGAUCCAGAAGGUCGUUCCCAAUACGCAAAUCUCUCUAGGAAAAUACGGUGCUUUCCCCGCCAACCAAAUCAUUGGCCGUCCCUUCUACCUGACGUUCGAGAUCCACGAGACCCCCGGACAAGCUGAUAGCACCUACCUUCGCAUCGUAUCGGCGGCAGAGCUUCACGCGGAAUCCCUCAUUACCGAGGGCGAAGGCGACGGCGAUGAUGUAGAGGUCAAUGAAGAUGGCACGCCGGUGCGGUCGAACCGCGAAACCAUCGACGACCGGUCAACGCAAAAACUAACACUAGAGGAGAUUCUGGCGCUGAAGAAGGAAAGUACCGGAGCGGGCAGGGAAAUCAUCGCGAAGCUGCUCGAGUCGCAUCAGGCCUUGGAUCAAAAGACAGCAUUCUCACUGGCCAAGUAUAAGCUACGGAAGGAGAAGAAGUACAUGAAGCGGUUCACAGUGAUUCCUCUGGAUGUCAGUCUCCUGACGAACUACAUGCUUGAGGACAAGGAUGCAGCGCGGACUAUGGAACUGCGCGACGAACUGAUCGGCCUCAUUGGGUGUUGGGGAAAUGUGCAUCACGGUGGUAGCACCUCUUUUGACGAGACUGUCACCUCGAAACCGAAUGGUCGCUAUCUGGUUGUCGAUGAUACGGGUGGUUUAGUCGUCGCAGCUUUGGCUGAAAGAAUGGGAAUCUUGUACCCUCACGAUGGCGAGAACGACCAAGAACAACAGGAUGCUAUUGAGCGGCCUGCCGCAGUAGAAGCUGAAGAGGCAGAGAACGCCCAAGAGGGAGAGGAGCAAACCACGACGACCACCACACAUCGCCCACCCCGUCGACCACAGAUGUCCGCUUCAGGAAAUACCAUCACCCUUCUCCACGCCAACAAACAGCCCAACCUAAGUCUUCUGAAAUACUUCGGCUACGAACAAGAUAGUCCGAGCGACACACAUCCCCUCUACACAAACCUCAAGACCGUCUCCUUCAUGCAGCUGCUCGACCCUAACGCGGACAACAUCUACUCCGAGGAACCGUCGGUAGUACCCGAAGAGGAGCUUGCCACGUACAAGGCCAGCAAGCGUAGCGCCUACCACCGCAAGCGCGGGCGGUGGAUGCGCGUUCGCAGGGUAGUCGACGAAGCCCGGGCCGGCGGUUUUGACGGCCUCAUUAUCGCUUCCCUCAUGAGCCCGACGAGUAUCCUGAAGCACACUGUCCCAUUGGUGGGAGGCUCAGCACCGAUCACUAUCUACUCGCCUACCAUUGAACCCUUGACAGAGGUAAUGGACUUGUACUCGACAGCGCGCAAGAACGCCUACAUCGCCCGGAAGCGUGAGCUACAAGAACAGCAACAGGCCGACGGCCAGGAUGAGUCUGGCAAGAUGCACCCCGCACUGGAGGAGGAAUACACAGUCGACCCUACCAUGCUGCUUGCACCGACGCUGCAAACCUCCCGAGUACGCGUCUGGCAGGUCCUGCCUGGACGGACACAUCCGUUGAUGUCGGGACGUGGUGGUGCAGAAGGGUACAUCUUCCACGGCAUCCGGGUCAUCCCGACGCAGCAGAUCAUUGAGGCGGCCGGAAAUUCAGGCCGGAAGAGAAGAAAGGUGACCAAGGAGACGGAGACACCGACUGAGACGCAGACGGGCAGCGGGGAUGUGGAGAUGACGUCGUGACCUAUCCUAGAUUCAAUUACCCUAACUGUAACAUAGCCGACAAUUGGCUUCAAAAGUAUACCAUGUGCACAACUACAACAUGAGAUAAUGAAUCCAGAAACGAUGAGGAAG